AUGGGUGCCCCGGGCUCGUCGGCUCUGCGCAGCCUCGGCCUCCCCGCGCCGUCCCGGCCCGCCUGGCUCGGGGCGGCCGCGCUGGGACUGGCCGCCGUGGCGCUGGGGACGGUGGCCUGGCGCCGCGCGCGCUCCAGGCGGCGCCGGCGGCUGCAACAGGUGGGCACCGUGGCGCAGCUCUGGAUCUACCCGGUCAAGUCGUGCAAGGGGGUGCCGGUGAGCGCGGCGGAGUGCACGGCCUUGGGGCUGCGCUGCGGCCACCUGCGGGACAGGUUUUGGCUGGUGAUUAAGGAAGAUGGACACAUGGUCACCGCCCGGCAGGAGCCUCGCCUGGUGCUGGUGUCCAUCACCUGUGAGGGUGACCGCCUGAUCCUCAGGGCUCCGGGCAUGGGCCAGCUGGCUUUGCCGAGCAAGCUGCCUUUCUCAAACAAGCUCCGUGAUUGCAGGCUCUUUGGUAUGGACAUCGAGGGCAGGGACUGUGGCGACCAGGCAGCUCAGUGGUUCACCAGCUUCUUGAAAACAGAGGCUUUCAGGCUGGUUCAGUUUGAGAAGCACAUGAAGGGAAGACCAUCGAGGGAAAUUUUCUCUACUUCAGUACCGAAUUACCAGGUGGCCUACCCAGACUGCUGCCCCAUCAUGAUCCUCUCGGAAGCCUCCCUGGCGGAUCUGAAUACCAGGCUGGAGAAGAAAGUGAAAAUGGACCAGUUCAGACCCAAUAUCGUGGUGACAGGCUGCGAUGCUUUCGAGGAGGAUACUUGGGAUGAACUCCUAAUUGGCAACGUAGAAAUGAAAAAGGUUUUGUCUUGCCCCAGGUGCAUUUUGACCACUGUAGACCCAGAUACUGGAGUGAUAGACAGGAAGGAGCCACUGGAAACCCUGAAGAGCUACCGCCUGUGUGAUCCUUCCGAGAAGGCAGUAUACAAGUCGUCCCCACUUUUUGGGAUCUAUUAUUCAGUGGAGAAAAUUGGCAGCCUGAAAGUUGGUGACCCCGUGUAUCGGCUGGUUCAGUGACGUGGUACGGUGAAGGGCGGGCUUUGCUGCUGGAAUGCAUUGCUUCAAGGCCACUGCCACGUUUUCUUGCUUUGAGAUGUUUUUAUGUUUUGCUGCUUUAACUCCUGGGAGAAUGAGCGGUUUGUGUUCCGCUCUUUGGAGUUGGAAAAUGCCUUUUAUUUUUCUUUCCUCCACAAUCUGAUUUAUUUCACCUAGGCUUCUCUCCCACUUCCCAUUCAGUUAUAAAAGGCAUCUGAUGCAGGAGCCCCAGCAAAAGACAGGUAGAUGUUCUCAGUUCAUUAAGAAAUAAGGAAAUGAAGGUGAGCAGGUCUCAAGAGUUCUACAUUGAUUUUUUCUGUCUCUGAUAGAAAAGUGAGGGGAAAUGUUUAAAUUAUUCAAAAUCAACUUGAGAAAAACAUUAAAUACUUUUUAUAAAAUUUAUUUUUAAAAUAUGAUUUAAAGUUUAAGAAAUAUUAGUGUAUCAAGGUGCCAGGAUUCUGAAUCAUAAGGUAGAAAAUAAUGCUCUCACCUUGAUUUCAUCAGCCCAGAGACAACCCUGACGCCUGGAGCAUAAUGCCCAACCCCCAAAUUAUAGAAAUAAAAUCAUUUGGAAGACUU